UGUCGGUGCUUUAGCCAGCCCUUUCAACUUUGCCAGUAGCUGCAGCAUGCUUGAGUUGCAGAUCAUGUCCUAUCAUGUCGUCUUCCCCGGAAAACCGGGCGGACCAUUUGUGCCUUGGCUUUACAGAUCCUACGACGUGAUGCCAUUUAUUAGUCGCCUCAAAUCCCCUUUUCAAUAGUCUGCUAGUCACGUCUCCCUAGGUCUUGGAUGCUUGGCCAGCGACCUCAGCAUGCCAUCCUUCUCACGUAUUGCGACUGCUGUUCUGGCAGCCGCUACCACCUUCGGGACAUCUCUCGCUCAAGAACCGGUCAAAUACACCGACCCUGACACCGGAAUCGAGUUUGGUACAUGGGCUCAGGGCGACCAGACUUUUGGUCUUACACUUCCAGAGGAUGCCUUAACUAAAGAUGCCACUGAGUACAUUGGUAUACUAAAAUGCUCUACGGGCUGGUGUGGUAUCUCCCAUGGAGAGUCGGGUCAGAUGACGCAGGCCUUACUGCUCGUUGCCUGGCCGUAUAACGGCCAAGUCCUUACAUCUUUCCGAUUUGCAACUGGGUAUAACCUCCCGGGAGUUUACACCGGAAACGCAACCUUGACCCAGAUCUCGUCCAAGGUGACCGACACCGGUUUCGAGCUUAUUUACCGAUGCCAGAACUGCUACUCCUGGGACCAGGACGGUUCCAGUGGUCACGUUGAAACCAGCAGCGGAUUACUUGUCGUAGGACGAGCCUCGGCAAAGACUUUUCCUAGUAACCCCGAAUGCCCUGCCAACAUCAAGUUUAUGCAGCAUGAGUCCUUCGGGCAGUUUGGUGCCCCCCUCGAAGGUCUUGCAAGUGCUAAGUACCCCGAAUGGGCUGCGUUGGCAACGAAGAACGUUCCCGGUAAAUGUGCUCCCAGUGAUCCCGGCAACCCACCACCGACAACUCGUCAAUGUGCUAAGGAGAUGGCUGGUCAGUCAUUCGACUACAUUGUGGUCGGUGCUGGAGCCGGUGGUAUCACUAUCGCUGACCGGUUAAGCGAGAAGGGUCACAGUGUCUUGUUGGUUGAGAAGGGGCCGCCGUCCACAGGCAUCUGGGGCGGAAGUUUAAAGCCGCUCUGGCUCGAGAAGACAGAUCUCACGAGAUUCGACGUUCCGGGUCUUUGCAACCAGAUCUGGGUUGAUUCGGAUGGUGUUGCUUGCUUAGAUACCGACCAAAUGGCUGGAUGUGUCCUUGGUGGAGGCACAGCCGUUAACGCCGGCUUGUGGUGGAGGGCGAACCCGAAGGACUGGGAUGAGAACUUCCCUGCGGGGUGGCAUAACUCGGAUCUUCAGAGCGCUACGGACCGAACGUUCAAGCGCAUCCCGGGAACUACAAGACCCUCUCAGGAUGGUGAGCUGUAUAUGCACCAGGGAGUCGAUGUCAUCUCAAGUGGAUUGAAAAAGGCAGGAUGGAAGAACGUACCUAUCCCCAACAAUGCCCCAACUCAGAAGAACCAUACUUUUGGUGCCACAACCUACAUGUUCUCUAAUGGCGAGAGAGGUGGUCCUCUUGCUACUUAUUUGGUUACCGCGGCUAAGCGUGACAACUUUGCGCUAUGGAUGAACACCCCGGUUAGGAGGGCUCUCAGAACAGGCGGCCAUAUUACCGGAGUCGAGCUAGACUGCACGAUAGAAGGCGGUGGGUACGGAACCGUAAAUGUUACCCCCGAUACUGGACGCGUUAUUGUUUCGGCCGGAACCUUCGGCUCUGCCAAGUUCCUUUUCAGGAGUGGUAUUGGACCGGCUGAUCAACUCGAGGUUGUUGCUUCUUCAACUUCUGACGGUAAAUCCUUCAUCGCAAAAGACGAUUGGAUUAAUUUACCAGUCGGUUAUAAUCUGAUGGACCAUGUCAACACCGAUACCUACUUCACCCACCCUGAUGUUGUAUUCUACGAUUUCUACGAGGCAUGGGACUCACCAAUCCCUUCGGACAAGCAGAAGUACCUCGCAAACCGUACUGGCAUUUUGGCGCAGGCUGCUCCUAACAUUGGACCUGUGUUCUGGGACGAAAUUAAAGGCGAGGAUGGCGUAGUCCGUCAACUCCAAUGGACGGCCCGUGUCGAGGGUUCCGAGCUGACAAACACCACUAAUACAAUGAUCAUGAGCCAAUAUCUCGGCAGAGGCCAGACUUCUCGAGGCCGGAUGACUAUCAACGCUGGACUGAGCACAGUCGUUUCAACCCCGCCUUACCUUCGAGACCCGAAUGAUAAGGCAGCCGUCAUCAAGGGUAUUGAGAACCUACGAAACGCUCUUAGCACCGUAAAGGACCUCGAGUUCCGACUCCCAGGCACAAACCAAACAACCGAGGCUUAUGUUGACGGCAUUGAAGUAACGUCAGCCAAGCGUCGCUCAAACCACUGGAUGGGCACUGCCAAGCUGGGAACAGACGACGGCCGCAAGGAAAACGGCACGGCUGUCGUCGAUCUUAACACCAAGGUCUACGGCACCGACAACCUCUUCGUCGUUGACGGGUCCAUCUUCCCCGGCAUGGUCACCGGAAACCCUUCGGCUAUGAUCGUGACCGCCGCAGAAUUCGCCGCCGACAAGAUCCUGGCUCUGGCGCCCAAAGCCCCUACAAAAACGCCACAGAACACCGGAGGACAGAUCAUUACUCUACCGUAGACUUGAGAGAGAGUAAAACUAGGGUUGAGAUUAACGGCUUUAUAUAUAUAUAUACGCUAGGACAAAAUUCUUGUACAUAUACUUCUCUACUCGCUGGACGGUCUUUUAUUAGAACAGUCGUGGCAUUAUAUAUACAUACAUGCAUAUCAUAGCAGCAGAAUGUUAGGAAUUGUAACAAUUAGGAUGUAUAAUAAUCAUUAAUCAGAGGCUGUCACGGUAUAGCCCCGUAGACCUCCCAGUAUGGACCCUAGUGGGUCACUAUCGUGUAAAUAAGGUAGCUACCUCAAAGGCCUUUCUACUACUUCCCCCUUUCUCUCCUUAUGCAACAAGAAUAAUAUCUACCGGACCUUGAUAGGGACUAAUGGUUUUCAAUAUCCAACGCUAAGCGUAUAUCCAAUACUAAACAUAUUUCCAAUGCUUAAUACUU